AAGAUUCUUAUUACUGGAAAAUGAUACCACAGGGCCCUGAAGAUGCAUUGCAUCUGUUCUCAUAUCAUGCUUGCGACUCGUUGAUUUCCACAUUAAGACCACAUCCUUUGAGCUUAACACAUAAAGGCAAGUGUGCACACUGAGGUGAGUUUCAGUGCACAGAUCAAAGAGAGACGACAGACAAAAUGUCGCGCCUGAGAGAUUUCAGUGUUUUUGUCCCGUGUGUGUUUCUCCUCAUCGUCCAGUCCAGCCAUGGUACUGAGAUUAUUGGAGGAAAAGUAGUGGAGUCAAACUCACUGCCUUUCAUGGCUCGGCUGGAAAACAAGACAUCCAUCUGUGGAGGGGUACUUAUCGAUCCAAAAUGGGUCCUGACCGCUGCACGCUGUAAUGACAUUAAGAAAGUGAUGCUGGGGGUGCACUCUAUCAAAGCAAAGGAAAAGAAUGCCCGCCAGGUCCUGAAAGUAAAGAAAGGGUAUCGUCAUCCCUGCUAUAAUGAGAAAGAACAUGUCAAUGACCUCAUGUUGCUAAAGCUUGACAAACCAGCGAAGGAAACCAAGACAGUGAAAUGUAUCAAUUUGGGCAAUUCCUUUAAAGAGCCCAUGUCUAAGAGCACCUGUCUUGUGGCCGGAUGGGGAAAAACUAAGAACAAUGCCAAGACAAUGUCUGACGUCCUGAUGUCCGUCAACGUGACUGUGAUCGACAGACGGGAUUGUAACUCUCCCAAAUACUACAACUACGACCCUAUCAUCACCAAUAGCAUGAUAUGUGCUGGUAACAGCAAUGCAGAUACGUGUGAGGGCGACUUAGGAGGGCCUCUGUUGUGUAAUGGAGCGCUGGUUGGAAUUAGUUCUUUGGUGAGUUGUGGCAAAAAACCUGGACUUUACACAUAUCUCACAGAAAAGCACCUCAGCUGGAUAAAGAAGACAAUGAAGGGGCCCGGGAUGUGAGCUCUGUCUCUCUGUAUGGUUACAACUGUUGAUGCUCAUUUAUUAUUUUGGAUUUGCAAUCAGUAGCUUUUUUCUGUAGCUGCUUAUAUUAGCAUCCCCAGCUGACAUUUUUUCCUUCCUCCAAAACCCAUGGAAGCAAACAUGUAGAUGAACUUUUGUUCUUGUUUUUGCCCACUUUGGGCUUCAUUUUCAAGGUUCAGAAUCCAACGGGUGUCAUCACGAUGGUUUUGUUUGUCCAUAGUAUAUACAGCCAAAGGUUAAUACAUGUCCUCAGAUCAACAUGCAUGAAGCCAAAUAGAAAUGAAAGAUGUUAUUGUUCAACAAAUGUAUGACCCAUUGCUUCAAAAGGCGCUGACAAUGUUGAUGGUAAAUCUGUUCAACAUGAGUUUCUCCCCUGAUUUUAGUGGUGGCCACUUCAACAGUUUAUCGGUUCUUUUGAUUUAUCUCACGGUCUAUUUUUCACAGCUGGUUUAAUUGCAUUGCCUCCUCUGUCACAGGUUUGAGGCUUCAGGUUAAAUUCUGAGAAACUUUUUUGUGGUUGCGAUGCACUGUAAUAAAGCUUGAAAAACAACUAUAAGAAUCAACAUGUUUCCUUGUUACAUGUGAACUCUUUCAAGAUGCUUUAUUAUUUCACAUCCUUAUGCCACUAAAGCUUUGUCAUUGUGAGGACAGUGUCCAAAUAAAACUUUAUUUGACCUGU